AUGGGUUGUGCAAAAAAAAAAUACGCUCCCCAGCAUGUUGGUCGUGUCACAAAGAACGGUUAUUUGAAUUUCCUGCGCGAUUAUAAAAAGAAGCACUGCGGCUUGUCUCCUCGCCAGAUGGUUAGCAAAGGUGCAAAGGCAUGGAAUGGACUAACCUGCAAGCAAAAGGACCGCUAUCGUAAAAUGGGCUGCAAAAAGUCUCGACGACCCAAGAAAGCCACCGAGAAGAAAACGACAAUAGUCACCGAAGGUAAAGGAAGAUUGAGCGCCGGUAGAGAGGACGGCCUUACGUCCCGAAGCAUCGACUUCAACGCGAAUUUUGUCGACCAUGAUGGUGCGGUCGGCGAGUAA